CGUGAACACGUCACACAUAGGGUUUCGUGAUGGCGGCUGAUUUGACUCCACGGUUUAGAAGGUUGAACAGCCAAACUCGAAGUUUUCGUGAAAAUAUACAACAUGGCUUCUCAGGGCCCUUCGGUGCCACACAGCUGUGGUACAACAUCAUCCAAGCCCUGCAGACUCAAGUGGAAGUGCGUAGCUGCAGGAGACAUCUACGUGUUUAUGCUGAAUGUUUCACAGGUUCAGAUGCUGUGGACACAGUUCUCAGUUACUUGAUGCAGAAUGUGGCAUUUUGCACAAGUGAAGUGUCUCGUCUCAAAGCUGCUCGACUCUGUCAGGCUUUGAUGGAGGCGAAGGUAUUUGAACCAGUGGGCACAAAGCUGUUUCGCAAGGACAAGGAGGUGACUUUUGAGGACAGCAGCUCCAGCCUUUAUCGUUUUCUGGAAUAUAAAGCAUUUCCCAAUUCUGAUGUGAAGGAGGGAAGUGUUGACACAGAAAACAGAUCACCAGAACAGCAGGAGAUAAAGAGGAAAAGGAGCUCAAGAAGGCUGAAUGAACUAAGGACAAUCGCCAAUCCUCUUGCAGUUGGAUCAUCAGACAGAAGGGUGGAGAGACUGCUAAGGACCAUCAAUCUGCAACCAUCUUUGACCUCAGCUCUCAGCAGAGCCCCCACGUCUUCUGUCUUUCUUUCCAAAGCUGUGUCAGAUGAGGUUUGGAAGCAGCAGACCGUGUUGCAGCUGCUGCAGUUAGUAGAGUUGCCAGUGCUGGACUGCAUCCUCACCUCUCCUGAAAGGGUUCAUCCCCAAACCUGCAAAGCUCCUCUUGCCAACCAGGAUCUGGUUAUCUCUAACACAUGCCUGGAAAGGGAGCUGCCUGACACCCUCAACCUACCCCAGUUGGAUGAGUGGCUGUCAGCAGCAGCAGACUGCUUGGAGCUCUUUCCUGACCAGCUGAUCGUGGUUGCAGGGGAACAGCUAAGUCAACAAUGUGGCAAUGUGUCUUUGGAGGAUGCCAGUGCAGAACAUAUGGCAAGCCAGAAGAGGCUGUUGUUUGAUACUAUUGCCAAAUACUACAGUGGGCAGGAAAAAUCUCCACUCAUUUCAGGGCGCUACCUGGACAUACAUGUUGCAGUUCUGAAUUUAUUAGAUGAAGGGAAGGUGCAGGAUGCCAUCAAAGCAUCUCAGUUGUGUUUGCGCCUGCUGUACGCAAGCCUGAGAGAUGAACUGCGGAGACUUCUGGCCUUCAUGGCAACAGCAGCUCACUUAGAUGCUUGCCGUCUGCAAAAACAGACUGAUAACAGGACCUUUGUGUGCCGAACAUUUCAGAGAGCUGUCAUUCAGAAUCAUGAAUGGACUCGAUCGCAGAGUGAAGCUCUGGUAUUCUUUCUCAUGGACAAUCACUCUGAGCUCUUCAAGACACCUACAACCCUUAUUGAAGCUGUGAGGAGAACACUGAGGACUGUGCAGCAGGGAAAAGAUCCUGACUCAUUUGCCACGUUCACCUUCUGCCAGCAGGCGACUCCACAGGAGUACGAGAACCAGCGUGAGGCUACCACCCUGGAGAGCCUCAAACAACUUCUGCAUGACAUUUCUUCAAGCAAGAGUAUGCCUGCCAAGGAAAAGAGGAGGCUGCUCAAAGAGUUUGAAAAACAUCACCCUGUGGUCUUCCUGCAGCAUUUCUCCAGCACUUUCUGAAACACUCAAAUAACUGGUACUGUUUUGACUUCAUGGGUGCACUUGACACAUUCAGGGUGCAGUUUCAGGAUUUUUCUUUUAGAAUAAGAAUGCAUAUCACGGUUGAACAUGGACGUAUUGGCUUGCAUACGGUCACACCUCUGUUGUGUAGUAUGCAGAGUGGGGAUGAUAUCCUGAGGUGGGUAUUUAGUAUAAAUGGUUUUCAAACAGCAUGUUACCAUGGCUGUAACGUGUCCAAAUCCAAAUGAACCAUAAGAAAUAAUGAAAGUUGAAGUUUUACUUGUAAACGUGCCGUUAACUCGACUGCACUAAUUUGAAAAUGAUGCUGUUUAUGAUUUGAUCCCAUAAUAAUGGUAAGUGAAGUCUAAUUUAAAAAAAAAAAGAUUAUUGGUACAGAUAAUGUGAUCUAUAUAAUUUAGCUUUACUACAGGUUAAAAUAUUAAAAGGGUGUAAAGGGAUUACUUAAAUACUAUAUGAAUUAGAUGUUUUUGAGGCAGCAAUAAGUGAGCAGCUUGUGUACUGAUUGAUGUUCUUGUAGGUCAAGGUGCUCUGUUUGGAUGUGUUAUACCAGGGGUUUUCAAAGUAUGAAAGGGUGAGCCC